AUGGGAAGGGGAAGGGUGCAGCUGAAGCGGAUCGAGAAUAAGAUCAGCCGGCAAGUGACCUUCUCCAAGCGACGCUCCGGGCUGCUCAAGAAGGCGCACGAGAUCUCCGUCCUCUGCGACGCGGAGGUCGCGGUCAUCGUCUUCUCCUCCAAAGGCAGGCUCUACGAAUACUCCACCGACUCCAGUAUGGAAAAGAUUCUUGAACGUUAUGAACAAUACUGCUAUGCAGAAAAGGCACUCACGUCAUCCGAACUUGAAUGCCAGGGAAACUGGCAUCAAGAAUAUGGCAAACUUAAGGCCAAGAUUGAGGUUUUAAGUAAAAGCCAAAGGCAUCUAAUGGGGGAGCAACUCGAUUCCUUGAGCCAUAAAGAACUCCAACAGCUAGAAAAUCAGCUAGACAAUUCUUUGAAACAUAUCCGGUCAAGAAAGAACCAAGUGGUGUUUGGCUCUAUCACUGAGCUUCAGAGGAAGGAGAAGGCACUACAGGAGCAAAACAAGAGUUUGGAGAAGCAAAUCCUAGAGAAGCAGAAGGCCAAGGCUCUCACCCAACAGGCACACUGGGAACAAGCCCAAACAAGUUCCUCCUCUCCACCCUUUUUGUUGGCUGAUGCUAACCAUACCUUGAAUAUUGGGUGCUACCAAGGAAGGGCAACCAUAGGAGGGGAGGUAGAAGCUGUAGAGGUCCAGGCUCGGAUCAAUGGCAGCAUAUUGCCUCCCUGGAUGCUCAACCAUUUGAAUAGCUAGCUCCAAAUCAUCCUUGAGGAAAUACUGUGAUAUAUAUUAUGACGAUGGCAACGGGGAAAGGGCAACGGCUACGGCAACAACGACAAAAGAGCAACUUCCAUCCAUGUUCUCUUCAUGCAAGUCUAGAUCCUAUAAGUAA